AUGCCCGGAGCAGACAAAAAACUAAAGACCUUGUAUGACAAGGUCUUUGAAGACCACAUUGUCAACGAACAAGACGACGGCACGAUUUUGCUGUAUAUUGACCGACAUUUGGUCCACGAAGUCACAUCUCCUCAAGCCUUUGAAGGCCUCUCAAAUGCCGGCCGAAAAGUCCGCCGACCGGAUUGCACUCUCGCUACUGUCGAUCACAAUAUCCCCACCGCCCCAAGAAAAAACUUCAAAAAUGUCGAGACCUUUGUCGAGGAGGCCGACUCCCGUCUUCAAUGCAUGACCCUCGAAGAGAAUGUGAAGAACUUUGGCUUGACAUACUUCGGCCUUGACGAUGACCGCCAAGGUAUCGUGCACGUUAUCGGACCCGAACAGGGCUUCACCUUGCCCGGAACCACUGUCGUUUGUGGUGACAGCCACACCUCUACCCACGGUGCCUUUGGUUCCCUUGCAUUCGGUAUUGGAACAAGUGAAGUCGAACACGUCCUGGCCACUCAGACCCUCUUGACGAAACGGAGUAAAAACAUGCGCGUUCAAGUCGACGGUGAAUUACACCCUGGUGUUACGAGUAAAGACGUUGUUCUUCACAUCAUCGGUGUCAUUGGUACUGCCGGUGGUACUGGAUGCGUCAUUGAAUUCUGCGGAUCGGUUAUCCGAAGUCUUACCAUGGAAGCCCGUAUGUCCAUGUGCAACAUGUCAAUCGAGGGCGGUGCCCGUGCCGGUAUGGUGGCUCCGGACGAGGUUACUUUCGAAUAUCUCAAGGGCCGACCCUUGGCACCCAAGUAUGACAGUGCCGAGUGGAAGAAGGCUGUGAACUAUUGGACUAGCUUGCGCUCGGAUGAAGGCGCCAAGUAUGAUAUCGACGUGUUCCUUGAUGGCAAGGACAUCCUUCCCACCGUAUCUUGGGGUACUUCGCCUCAGGAUGUACUUCCUAUUACCGGCGUUGUCCCCUCUCCCGAUGAUUUCGAAGACGAGAACCGCAAGCUCAGCUGUAAGCGCGCUCUCGAAUACAUGGGUCUCACUUCCGGGACCCCCCUCAAGGAUAUUGAAUUGGACAAAGUUUUCAUUGGCUCAUGCACCAACUCUCGACUAGAGGAUUUGCGUGCGGCUGCUAAAGUUGUCGAGGGCAAGAAGAUUGCUGCGAACAUCAAGCGCGCCAUGGUCGUUCCCGGCUCUGGUCUCAUCAAGAAGCAAGCAGAAGCCGAGGGUUUGGACAAGAUUUUCACUGACGCUGGUUUUGAGUGGCGUGAAGCAGGUUGCUCUAUGUGUUUGGGAAUGAACCCAGAUAUUCUAUCACCACGCGAGAGAUGUGCUAGUACGUCGAACCGUAACUUUGAAGGUCGACAGGGUGCUCUUGGUCGAACUCACUUGAUGGCCCCCGCAAUGGCUGCUGCCGCUGCCAUUGUUGGAAAGCUUACCGAUGUUCGGGACUUCGCCCAGGCUACUAGCUCUUCUCGAAAGGCUGCUCCCAUCUCCAUUCAGCCCGAGAUUGAGGAGCUCGACACCGAGAGUGACCUCGAACGCAUCCUAGACGUCCCCGAAGACAACGAGCCACACGCCAACACCAAGUCCAGCGGUACGAGCGCGGGUCUUCCCAAGUUCACUACCCUGAAGGGCAUUGCUGCUCCAAUGAACCGUGCCAACGUCGACACUGACGCCAUCAUCCCCAAGCAGUUCCUCAAGACCAUCAAGCGAACAGGCCUUGGAACCGCCCUCUUCCACCAAUUCCGCUACAACUCCGACAACGGCAGUGAGCUCCCAGACUUUGUUCUCAACCAGGAGCCAUACCGUAAUGCCAAGAUCCUCGUCGUGAGCGGGCCCAACUUUGGCUGCGGUAGCUCGCGUGAGCACGCACCCUGGGCACUGCUCGACUUUGGCAUCAAGUGUGUCAUUGCACCUUCAUUUGCCGACAUCUUCUUCAACAACACGUUUAAAAACGGCAUGCUUCCAAUCCCCAUCUCCGAUGAAGCCGCUCUCCAAAAGAUCACCGCCGAAGCUGCCGCCGGCAAGGAAAUCGAAGUCGAUCUCGUCAACCAAGUCAUCCGCGAUGCAGACGGUAACACCAUUGCCCCCUUCGAGGUCGAUGAAUUCCGGAAACACUGCCUUGUCAACGGCCUCGACGACAUUGGUCUUACUCUCCAGAUGGAGAGCAAGAUCCGCGUCUUUGAGACGAAACGGAGUAUCGAGACCCCCUGGUUGGACGGCAGCGGCUACUUGAAAAAGCAUCGUCGUGGUAAUGGUGGUGCUACAAAGGUUGAAGCUGCGCCAGUCCCCAAGACGAAUCGUGGUGAUGUCAAGAAUGAGCCCCUUGAGUGGUAA